AAAUUUCAUUUCUUAUUCUUACACACACACAGAGCCACAUUGAUUCACUCCACCCACCAUAAAAAAGCUUCAAACUUUUUCCACCCCAUUUCUUCUUCCCUUCUUAAUCACCGAUCUGCGGUUGUUGGGUAAACAAAACAACGAUUCUCGACCAUGAUAAGGAGCAUAAUCCAAGACAUGAGGUCUCGUUCUCACCGCGUGGUUCAGGACUUAUCUUCCAUGGAAGAAGAUUCAGCACUUUCAGAGUUGAUCUCCGACGAUGGGUUGAGGCAGAGUUGCUGGGCGCAGAUGCCGCAGGAGCUGCUCAGAGAGGUGCUCAUCAGGAUCGAGGCGUCGGAGGCGGCGUGGCCGCCGAGGAAGAGCGUGGUGGCGUGCGCCGGAGUUUGCCGGAGCUGGAGACACAUCACUAAAGAGAUCGUUAAGACUCCUGAGCUAUCAGCAAAAUUGACCUUCCCAAUUUCUGUUAAACAGCCUGGUCCAAGGGAGCAUCUCCUCCAGUGCUUUAUAAGGCGCAACCGGUCCACCCAAACAUACUAUUUGUAUCUUAGCUUAUCUAAUACACUAUCUGAAGAUGGCAAGUUCCUUUUGGCUGCACGCAAAUGCAGACGUCCCACCUGCACAGAUUAUAUCAUCUCUCUGCAUGCAGACGACAUGUCAAAGGGAAGCAACACCUAUGUUGGAAAACUGAGAUCAAAUUUUCUUGGAACCAAGUUCACAAUCUAUGAUGGGCAGCCUCCCCAUGCCCGGGCAAAGAUUACAAAAAGUCGCUCCACCAGGCUGGUGAAUUUAAAACAAGUUGCACCCAAGGUUCCUACAGGCAAUUAUCCAGUGGCUCACAUAUCAUAUGAAUUGAAUGUGCUAGGCUCUAGGGGGCCUAGGAGAAUGAACUGCAUCAUGGAUUCCCUUCCUGCUUCAGCAAUUGAACCGGGAGGGGUGGCCCCUACACAGACCGAGUUUUCCCUCAGCAAUGCAGAUAUGUUCCCCACAUUCCCUUUUUUUCGAUCGAGGUCAAAUCGUGUUGACAACUCCCUUUCUGGACCCCUGGCUGAUCAAAAGGAUGGGGUUCUGGUGUUAAAAAACAAGGCUCCCAGGUGGCACGAGCAGCUGCAGUGUUGGUGCUUGAACUUUCAUGGGCGGGUGACAAUUGCUUCGGUUAAAAACUUUCAGCUGGUGGCUUCCCCAGAAAAUGGACCUGCUGGACCAGAACAUGAUAAGAUCAUACUCCAAUUUGGAAAAGUUGGGAAGGAUCUGUUUACAAUGGAUUAUCGAUAUCCUAUCUCAGCAUUUCAGGCAUUUGCAAUCUGCCUCAGCAGCUUUGAUACCAAGAUUGCAUGUGAAUGACAUUUGAACAGCUCUCAGCCAUAUUGAUAUUGCUAUGGUGCUGGAGAAGCUAGGUUUGAAUCCCACUUGGUGGGAAUCUAUCUCUAGAAAACCGCUUGGUAAAGGUGAUUGUUGGUUGGUGUUGAAACUGAGGUUGAAUGGAUGAGUUUCACUUGGUUCCUGGGAUCACAAGCUUCUGGGGAAGGUCACAAACAUCAGAUGAAAUUGUAAUGUUCCAAUGUUGAAUCCAGUUCUCCAUGUAAAUAAAUUUAAUUCUUUUUUUUUACUCUUUAUUUCCUUACAAUUUGCCCUCCAUUUGGUUGUUUAUACAAUACAGUGGUGAUAUCUGUUGAGAUUAUUAUGUUAGUAGGAGUAACUGCUGCAACUUUGGAUAGCCCUGACUUCAUCCUCUCAUAUGAACAUAUUAAGUGUGCAAGAGCACAAUUUCAAAAAGUUGUUUCCUCUACUUUGAUGUUAUGCCUUAGAAAUUCUUAGCUGUUACAACUGAGAAAUAGCAAUGAGUUAUCAAGAGCAUUAAAGAAUUCAGCUCUUUUCAUUAA